AUAUAUAGCAAAAUUUUUUAACAUCCUAAGUUGCAUUCUGGCUUACUAAAUACUGUCUAAAUUAAUGAGUUAAUUUGAAAAACUUAGGUAAUGCAAAAUGGCUGUGUAAUUUCUUAUUCCUUGUCUUUGGUGUUUUGUACAUUAGAAAGCAAGAUUAUUAAUGAGCAGAAAGACAUUUAUAUAAUUCAGAAUGUCUCAUUGGUGGCAUGCGCAUUCUGACUUUAAAGCUGAGAUGAAAUCAAGUUGAAAUGCUGGAGAAAUCCCUUGGGAGUUUCUUUAUAAUUGCUGCUAUGCUUAAUAUUAGCACUGUGACAGUUCCCCACUCCAUUGGUUCCUUGUUAAUAGGUUAAGCCUGCUCUUUGUAUCCAUGUAUACAACGAUCUUUGAGCAAAAUGGAAUUGUUGCCUUAUUCAGAAUUAGGGAUAUCUGGGUUUAUUGAGGAGCAGUUUCUGAUCAAAGCAAUCUGUAUGACCACUAAAACGAGUUUGUUGUUUUAAAACUACUGCUCUGUGUGGAGUUCAAUUACUGCAUCCCCGCCUUCCCGGGCUGUGGAAGGGGAGGAAGGGAAUUGUUGCAAACCUGUUGCUAUGGCCACGUAGCAGAGGCUGGGCUGCUCGUGUGGCUGGAAUCCUCUGCAUCAGCUGCUGCUCGACUUGUAGAAUUUAACUGAACUUAGACCAUGAAGUCCAACCUAAUGCAUUGGGUUCCCCCAGUGAGUAGAGAGAGAAUAAUCUCCCAGUUUCCCAAGUGGUACACACCUGAGGCCUGUCUGCAGCUCAAAGAGCACUUCCAUGCCCAGGUCAGGACUGCUUGUCAGCAGAGCACUGCAACAGCUGGGCUGAAAAUAUCCAAAGUGGUUGUGGUAGGAGACCUGCAUGUUGGGAAAACCAGUCUUAUCAACAGAUUUUGUAAAGAUAAUUUUGACCGAGACUACAAGGCAACCAUUGGAGUAGAUUUUGAGAUUGAACGUUUUGAGAUAAUUGGAAUGCCAUAUAACCUCCAGAUAUGGGACACAGCAGGUCAGGAGAAGUUCAAGUGCAUUGCAUCUGCUUACUACCGAGGAGCAGAGGCUAUAAUAACAGUGUUUGAUCUGGCUGAUAUCCAAACUUUGGAUCACACCAAACAGUGGUUAGAAGAUGCAUUGAGGGAGAAUGAGCCAGAUUCCAGCUUCAUCUUUCUGGUUGGAACAAAAAAAGAUUUGGUGUCAGGUGCUGUGUGUGACAGGACAGAGCUCGAUGCCAUCCGCUUUGCCAAGGAGAUGCAGGCAGAGUACUGGUCGGUUUCAGCCAAAACAGGAGAAAAUGUCAAAGAAUUCUUUUCCCGAGUUGCUGCCUUGGCCUUUGAACAGUCCAUGAUAAAGGAGCUGGAGAGCACUCCUGGGCACAGGGCCCAAAUUGGGGCAGGAAAUCUCAUCAAGCUAGAGAAGAAUGUUUUGGAAGUUCCAGAGGACAAUCCUCGAGUCAGCCUGAGUUGCUGCUAAGUGUCAACUGUUUCUGCAAGUGCCACACUUCUCUGCAACAAUGCUCUCUAACCAGAAAUAGCGAGCUUUAAUUUUAGAAAUGAGGGAGGACAAACUUACCCAAACUUUCUUGCUGAGAGUUCCCUUGCUGCAGGCUCCCUGUGCAGGGCGGUACAAUUGUUAUGUAAACCUUUCUCUGUGUAGCUGAAACACAACAUCCUUGUCUUAAUGCAAGAAGACAUUGCCAGUGCCGUGGGCUCACCUGUCUGCCAAAAAGGCUUGUAGUCAAAAAUGAUGUCAUUUUAGUGUGUUAUUUUUGAUAAUUCUCUAGAAAUCGUAGCUAGUGAGGUGACAUUCUCUUGUGGGAGCAGGAAACAAGUGGCAGGUCAGAAUGAAGGGUGGCAUCAAUACAGUUUUGCCUUUUAAAACAAUUGUGUAAAAUAACUCUGAUUGCUUUUAUGCAUUCCAAGUAUUUUAAAACUAUUUGAAAAGAAAUCUUUUAAACUAUCAGGCUUGGAAGUACACAAAUGCAGACUGCAUAGUUUCCACUGUGGUUUCUCCAUCCAGGAAAAAUGUUUAUUACUUUUCAUUUUCCACUUGAGAAUCAGAGCCCAGUAUUAAAUAUUUCCAAGCCUAAAAGAAGUCCAGGUAGGAACUUGGUUGUUUUAACACAGCUGUCUAAUAUUUUGAAAAAUGUUGCCAGAUAAGAAUGCUAUUCUUUUCCAUUCUCUUGAGUAAGAAAGAAUGGUCACACAGGUGCAUAAAAUGGAAAACAUUAUUUUCCUCUAAUUUUUCUAACAGCUCUCUGAACUCUAAUACUUUGUUGUACCUAGCUUAGAAUUCCAUGUUUCUAGUAUUAAUAUCCAGCAUGUCAGGCUUGCUGACAUUAAAAAAUAUAGAUAAUGCUCUGAAUUUCAUAUUGCAAUUAAUUUAAAUGAAGGAAAACCUGUGAAUAGUUACAAGGUACUGUUUCUUGGGUUAUUUAUUCAAUCAUUGCAGAAUCAGCAGUAUGUUUAAAAAUAAUUGUAACAGGACUCAGAUUUGAGCUGCUGAGAAAUACAGAUAUUUAUCAAUAAAGUGCAUCAAUCUGAAAAUAUUCUGGAUUCUCUGCCAUUUUUCCCACUUUAAGAAAUUGGAAAAAGUGGAGAAAAGAGCUUGAGCAUGCUUUUAUUAUUUUUCCUUUUGACGUAAGUUAGAGCAGCUUCCUAGAAUAUGAUGAAUAGAGAUCUAGGAACUCUGUGUCUUUUUUUAUCAGAUAAUCUUCACUUUGGCAAUUGUGCUGCCUGUUGGCAAGGACACAAAUGUAGCAUUUGGUGGAAAAAAUGAAUCUGUGAGGGUACAAAAGGAGCUCUUUAUCCAAAUAUGUAAUAUUUUGACCUUAUGAUGUUCUGUGCAGUUGUUCAGUUCCAGAGUCUGUUUCAAAGGGAGGUGAAUUUACUCUGUGCUCAUAGCACAGCCUUUGGCUGGGCAGCCAUGGCCUUGUGUGUCCUGAGUGAGAGGGGAGAUGGUUCACUCUGCUGCAGCUGAGCAGGUUAGCUGGGCUUCAGUGCUGACAAGAAAAAAAUGCUUACACUGCAAAAUGACUCAGGAACAAAUAUAAGAAAAUAUCCAUUUCUGGUUGUUUUUUUUUUUUUUUUUUCCCACCAAGAAAUAUACUUCCUAAGGGUUUCUUCUGUUGCUGAGCUCAAUUAUUGUACAAAGUCACAGACAUGCAAUCUCCUCAACAACAUGAUCAUGUUGCCUGGGAAAUCAACUGGGACAGUUUUUUCCUAGGGAUUCAGCACACUGCAUUGUGUUAUUGCUGUUUUGUAUCCUCUGGAGCUCCAAAAACUUCACAUACAAAUGUAAUACUCUAUCAGUCAUCAGCUAUCAUGGGACAAUAACCUGAGUCUAUUAAAUGAUGGAUGCUUUGACUGGGUGGUUUUUGUUUGGUUGUUUGUUGGGUUUUUUGUUGUAAUUUUUUGUUUGUGUUUGGGGUUUUUUUGCUUGGUUGGUUUUAAGGGUGUUUUUAGCACCACUGAAACCUCCCCUGCAAAGAACUCCACAUUAAUAAUUUAUCAUCUAAAAUGAAUCUUGGAUCAUGUUGCAAAUGAUGAGUUGCUUAGGAAAGCACAAAAGAAACUAACUAUAGAAAAUAGAAAUUUUUAAGUUCUA